AUGAUAGAGGUCGAACUGGCACUAUUUGAUAAAAGCAUAAAUGAAUUUUGGAAUAAAUUCAAAAGUGCUGUCAGUGACACCUCCUGUCAGAUGGUGGGGCUAAGAGAUACCUACAAGGACUCUAUUAAAGCAUUUGCAGAAAAGUUGUCUAUGAAGUUAAAGGAAGAAGACCGAAUGGUUGAGAUGUUUCUGGAAUAUCAAAAUCAGAUCUGCCAGCAGAAUCAGUGCAUUCAGAAAAAAAAAGAUAACUUGUUAAAGUUGAUUGCUGAAGUAAAAUGCAAAAAGCAAGAAAUGGAAAUAUUGACUGCAAAUAUCCAGGAUCUUAAAGAAGAAUAUGCAAAGAAGAAGGAAACUAUUUCCACUGCUAACAAAGCUAAUGAAGAGAGGUUGAAAAGGCUGCAGAAAUCUGCAGACUUAUAUAAAGAUCGACUUGGACUAGAAAUUCGAAAAAUUUAUGGUGAUAAAUUACAGUUUAUAUUCACUAAUAUUGAUCCUAAGCAUCCUGAGAAUCCAUAUAUGUUUUCUCUGUGCCUGAAUGAAGCAAGGGACUACGAAGGUAUAGCCCAAUAUCUCUUAACUGGUAUUUAA